UGACAAGUUUUUGUUAUUAUUUAAAAAUCGUUUCUUUUUUUUAUUGUGUUGUGCUGUGAGUUGAAGCUUAAGCAAGAGAAAAAAUUGUUACAGAAAUAUUAAACAAGUUGUUGCGGCGAACUCAAAAAUAUGCCCAACAUUGCCUCCAUGUUGAUGUCGUAGCCAUUAGGCAGUCGUUGGGCUGCACGUUGUGAAUAUGCCGUGCCACUUGUUGCAUGCCACACAGCAGCCGCCGCAGCAGAAGCAGAAGCAGCAACAACAAGCAACGCAACGAACUAGAAUCAAAACAAAUAACUUUUCAGACAACUAAAAUGCAAUGCAAUGCGAUGCAAUGCCGUUAAUCAUACGCCAUGUUGGGCAACAAGGCGCCUAAGCGGCAGCGUCAACGGCAACGACAACGACAACGACAGAGACACGGACAACGACAAAGACGAAGCUGCCGCCCACAAUAAGCUGAAUUGAAGCAACAACGUCAUCAUCAACAACAAUUGCAGCUCUGUAAAGAAAGACCAACACAAAAUGUCUGAGUCGCGUCGUCAGUCGGUAAGCUUUUCCGCCAUGCCACCGGGCGUUCUAGUCAACGAUAGUCGCGCCAGCUCCACCGAUGACAUUCAAAUCGCCCUGGCACCGCAUAUCCAAACCUAUCUAAGUCAAACUGGCCGUCGCCAUUCGUGCUGCAGCGUCAUGUUGCCGGUGGCUUUUGAGCGCGCCGCAUCCCAGUCCUGGCUGGAUCCUAAAUUCGAUUCGCCCGUGCUUGAGGAGCAGUACCAGGCCAGCGUCUUUCCACACGAGCGCAUGCGAUACAGGUUCACACUAUACUACAUUUUGCUGUGCUCAAUCACCUGGUUCCUGUACUUUAUUAUUGAUGGCGGCUCCGAGGACUAUUGGCGUCCCAUUUCGACAUCGUUCUCAAUGCUCUCGCUGGUGAUCAUCAUGUUCAUGUGCUUCACCCACUGGGACCUCUACAGGACAUAUCGCACGUCUACGUCGGUCCUAACUGCGUUGCUUAUCUGCUCCGCCUCCUUGGCCUUCCUUAUGUACACGGAUCGCGCCUUCAGCCCAUUGGGACAUUACUCCAUCUGUCUCGAGAUCGUGCUGCUCAUCUACACCGCCCUACCAAUGCCUGUGUGGCUGAGCUCCAGCAUCGCUAUCUGCUACACUAUUGCAUUCGAACUGGUCUCGCACAUGGUAAUAGGCAGCAGCGCCGUCCAUGGAACGAGCAGCAACGGCAGCGGAAGCUACAAGAUAAUUGUGCUGCGCAUCCUGGCCCACUGUAGUGUGCACAUGGUAGGCGGGCAUGUGCUGGUAAUGAAUCUGGUUCGCAUGCGCGGCACCUUCAUGAAAGUGGGCCAAAACCUUCUCGUUCGUCGUCAGCUGGAAAUGGAGAAGCAGCUGAAGGAGAAGAUGAUACACUCGGUAAUGCCCCGGAAAGUGGCCGAUAUGUUGCUGAACGAGGGCGGAGGCAGUGGCAAUGCCGGUCUUGAUGCCAACGGCGAUCGUCGCUUGCCCGCUGAAUCACACUACAUGCGUCCGCGCGUCUCCAACGAUGUUAAGUCGCUGUUCCGACCCUUUCACAUGCACAGCAUGGACAACGUAAGCAUCCUGUUCGCAGAUAUAGUCGGCUUCACGCGCAUGUCCUCCACCAAGACGGCCGAGCAGCUGGUGGAGAUUCUCAACGACCUUUUCGAGCGCUUCGACGAUCUCUGCACACUCAGCGGCUGCCAUAAAAUUUCGACGCUGGGGGACUGCUACUAUUGCGUUUCCGGCUGCCCAGAGCCAAAAGCCGAUCACGCCAUCUGCUGUGUCGAAAUGGGCCUGGGCAUGAUCGAUGCCAUGCGCUGUUUCGAUGCGCAGCGGCACGAGGGCGUCAAGAUGCGCGUGGGCGUCCAUACGGGAACAGUACUUUGCGGUAUCGUCGGCACUCGUCGCGUCAAAUUUGAUGUGUGGAGCAAUGAUGUGACACUCGCCAAUAAAAUGGAGUCGUCGGGUAAGCCGGAGCAGGUACAUAUUUCUGAGGAAACCUCCAACUUUCUAGGCGAUGCUUACUACUUGGAGGAGGGCGAGGAGGUUUUUGGCCAUCGCACCUUUUUUGUCGUAGGACGACGUAAAGACGUAUCGCGCACGAACAGUCUCAGCCCCAGCAGACCUGCUAAUACCACGGGCAGUACUCUCAUGCUGCCCGGCGCUCCCGGAACCUCAUUCUCACAAAGCGCCACCAACAUUUCGGUCAUACAUCCAAACGUGCCGCCAGCCUCGCCCGUUGGUCAGAUGUCGAACUCGCUGAAUCCCUCACCCGUGCUGUCCAUACGCCCAAGACUGACCUCGCUUAGCAUGAAGCUGCGCAAGAAAUCUCAGAGUCGCGAACGCGACCUGGAACGUGGCAUCAUUCAUCCGGCCGCAGCCGGCAUACCACCCGUUAUUGUAGUGCGUGAGAGACCAAAGAUCAUAAUUACAACCAAGUCGCUGCCGGGCAGCUUGGACUCGGACGAGCAACCGGAGCAGCAGACCAACGAUGGGGAUACCUGCUGUCGCGUCUCCAAUGACUGUACACCCAAACUCAAUGGCGGCGGCAGUCAGGAGACGCGACCCAAAAUCAAGCUUAAGGUGUGGAAGAUGCCCCGCUUUCUUAAAAAAUUCGAGGAGUUGGCUAAGAACACAGACAAAUCCAUCAACACGGAUACGGCUUCUAGCUCACUAACCCCCCUGCAGCAGGACGAGGCUUUAGCAUUCAUCGAGCCUCAAGCGAAUGGCGGCUACCAGCAGCUACCCGUGUUGGUGGAGGCUACCAGCGGGGGCCGUGCGAAUACCCAAAUGCUGGAUAUACCGCAGAAGCCGGUGCUCCAUCAUGCAGCCACAUCCACGGCAUUGGCCAGCAGCGUUUUGCGUUCACCCGAUGUUGCCACCGGCGGUGGUGGCUGCUGCUCACCCGGACAAUUUUCUAUGUUCGAUGACGUAAUCGAUGUGCGCUCCUAUAUCAGUCAGUCGCGCAGCGACAUUUCACCCUUCGGCCGAUCCGGCAGCUACCGAUCGCAGUGUGGGCGCAGCGGCCAGUCGGGCCAGUCUGGACAGUCGGGCCAUACGGAGUCGUCGCCAGUCCCCCGACCUCGCGCUUCCACCCUAACUGUGGGUCGCGGCGAGCAGGUUAGCUCUGCAGUUGCCUGCAGCAGCAAUUCUACCGCUUGCACACCACAUUCCUUGCUAGUCACACCCGCCUCCACGUCGGACCGUGCUCCGUCGUCGCUGCCACCACCGCCGCCGCCCACACACUCGCGUAACUCCAGCAUCUGGCCGGAUGGACUGAGCAUUUGCCCAUCCGCAACCUCUCGCAAGGAUUCGGGAAUCAAGAGCAAUUCCCGCCGAUCCUCCAUACAACAGCAGAUCUAUGCUCUCAACCAGUCGGCGAUCAGCCAGCAUCGAGUGUCCGGCUACUUCACCAGCUCCACGUCGAGCAUUUCGAACAUCGGUGACGCCUCGCUACCCCACGUUCCUCUGCCGCCAAUUACGCAGCCCACGCCCCAGGUAGCCGAUCCUCUAGCCGCAUGCCUGCAACAACUGCGUAAGCAGUCAGACCUGCAGCUGAUCCGGUGCGUGCGGGACAAUGCGAAAUCACAACGCAGCUAUUUAGUUAAGCCGCCGCUACGACGUUUCAGUCUGUACUUUAAGUCGCGUCAAAUGGAGCGUGACUUCCGGUCCAAGGCGCAUCGAUUUGGAAGCGAACACGAGACGGAGGGACCGCCCACCCUGGCCACACCACGCUACAACACCUACAUCGACAUCUUUGUGGGCAUUGCCGUCUAUCUUUGCAUUUCGGUGUCACUGUUUCUGAUGACGCAGAACACAGUUACCCCUAGUUUUAGACUCUGGGUGACGCUCUUCUCAUGCUUCACGGCUAUCCAAGUGUUCGCACUGUUCCUGUUUACGCGCCAGAUGUGUCGACGUCAUGGCACCCGACAACGUUCCAAGUCAAGCGGCAGCUGUGUCGACGGUCCCAACACCGAUGAUGGCCACCAGGGUCCGGCGCAGUUCGAGUCGUGCGCCGAUCGUAUCUUUGAGGCCAUAUCCAGCUGGUACCCGUGGCACAUAUGCCUUGCCGUCCUCAUGGCUAUGCCCGUCAUGCUGAUCAUUGCCAACUUUCUCUUACUCGAUCUCGAUCAGCUGGAGGCCUUCGAGUACCACUAUGGCUUCCUAAUAUUCGUGUGCAUCGUCCACUUCUGCAAUUUCACGCAGCUCAAUUGCUGGAUGCGCAACAUACUGGCCUUUCUGGCUGCCCUUUGCUUCAUCGGUAUUGCCGUUUCCCAGCUAGUAGUCUACUCGAAUCGCAUCGACACGGAUGCCAUCGAUAGCGAGACCCAUCUGAAUGACAGCGCUGCAGCUGAGGAAAUCAAGUGGUUCCACGACUACCAUACCGAAAUCUAUUUGGACCUGCUGCUGAUACUGAUACUGGUGUGGUUGCUAAAUCGCGAGUUCGAAAUCGGCUAUCGUCUUACCUUCUACGGCAACGCCGUCGCCAACCAGGAUAAAGUGCAGGUGCAGAAUAUGAAGAAUCAGGCGGACAUGCUACUCCACAACAUUAUACCCAAGCACGUGGCGGAGCAUCUGAAGAACACGGCCAAGUACUCGGAGAACCAUCACAAUAUCGCCAUCAUUUUUGCCUCUAUUGUCAACUUUAACGAAAUGUACGACGAGAGCUACCUGGGUGGUAAGGAGUUCCUACGCGUUCUCAAUGAGCUAAUCGGGGAUUUCGACGAGCUACUCUCCCGUCCUGAAUUUCGUUCAGUAGAGAAAAUAAAAACCAUUGGAUCCACCUUCAUGGCCGCCAGCGGCUUGGAUCCGGCGCAUCGCGGCUCCGGAAACGAGCACAUCCACACACUCAUGGAGUUCUCGAUCGCGAUGCAGGGCGUUGUAGAUGCCUUCAACAAGGACCUGCUCGAGUUCAAUCUGAUUCUACGCAUCGGUCUCAACAUUGGGGAUGUCACAGCAGGAGUAAUUGGCACCAGCAAGCUGUUCUACGACAUCUGGGGUGAUGCCGUCAAUGUGGCCUCGCGCAUGGAUUCUACAGGUGUGCCCAAUCGCAUACAGGUGGGCAAGGACUGCCUGCCCUUUCUAACCGAACGAUACGAGUUUGAGCCGCGUGGCAGUGUCUAUGUGAAGGGUAAGGAUCACAUGGAGGUCUAUUUGUUCACGGGUUCCAAGCCUCAAAGCGAUAACGAUGCCGAUAAAAAUGAAGAUAAACCAGAGGCUGGUGAUAGUGAAAGCGAUGGCGAUGGGGAAGGGGAUGAGGAUGCUGCUGAUGCCGAACAAAUAUCGAUGGUGAUGGCGCCCAAGCCGCGUAAUGAGUGCGUCGAGUGUGCCCAGGAAGAGGAUGACAUGCACUCGAACGAGACGACCACACUGUUUAAGUCGCAGGAGUCGCUGCACGCGAAUGGUGGCAACCAUCUGACCCCGACGACGACACCAUCUGCAGCGACAACGCUCGAAUGAACGGGUUCAGUUCCGCGAUUAUUUGUUUCUUUGAAAUGAAACUAAAUCAAGUCCUAGCUCCUUUCCCUUCCCAUCAAAUCCCUUAUAUCCAUGCAUUUCGACGUUGUUUGAGGUCACAUACUUAAAAGGGAAUCCUAAGUCUGCUAACCUGACAAACCCGACUCUAUCUAGUGCUACGUUUUAGACAAAGCUAACUAACUAACACACACACACACCCACAGAGACAGACACACGACCAACUAACCAAAGCAACAGAACUACAGUUUAUCGAUCCUGUUUCCAUUCAGUGGAGCCAAAGGAAAUUAUGAAGUAAUGUCUUAACAAAACAUUUCGAAGUUAGAUCUGCAUUUUUCUCGGUGUAUCGAUACAGUUUUUUAUAAAUGCGUGCAAAUGGAAACAGGCUUAGUUAAUAUUUAAUACCACUAGAGAUCCGAAACACACACUAAUGAAGACCAAACAAAACAAAACAAAACAAAAAGAACUAGUUCUACAGCACACUUGCACAGCUCUGGCCGAAGGAAAGGUUGAAAACAUGGUUUCAAAAUUGCAUUUAUGAAUUCAACUUGUGGGCCAACAACAACAACAACAACAACAACUACUACUACUACUACUAAAACAGCAAGAAGAAGAACACUGGAGCUGUGCGUGCCAAGUGCUUACUGAGUGGAACUGAAAAAGUUCUAAGCCAGACAAAUGUGAAUGGAAGCGAAAAUUUCAAUGAAAACUAAUAUGAAAUUAAAGAAAAUGCAGUUGCUAGGGCAGCAGAAAGGAAAGGGAAACGGAAACGGAAAGGGAUGU